GGUUAACACCAAAAACAAACAGUAGAACUCCAGAGGGAGAGAGGAUUACACUUGCCCGUUAAUGAGGGGAUAUCAGUUACAACCUCUUGCCCCCCGCUCAUUCAUUCACCCACGCACUGAUUAGUGCUUGCUGCCUCAUCGCUCGUACGUCCAACUAGCAGCUAAUUUCCAAUACACUGCCUUCUCUCUCUCUCUCUCUACAGGCAUGAUACAGCAGCUAGCUCUGGUGUAGUACUUCUGGGGUCCAUCUCUUCUGUUUAAUUAUAUACAAAUAUAUAUACCUCUAUUUAUCCACCUCUACUUUCUAGCAUACGUAUGCAUAGUUCUCCCUUUCCAUUCCGCGACAACGUCCCACUGCAGAUGCUAUGCUGACCGGUAUUUCGCCAUUUUAUUAGCCUAAUUGUAAAAGCUACCAGACAACACCCUCCCUCCCCUCACGUACUCCAUUAUAUAUAUAUAUCUAUAAUAUAUCUAUUCCUCUGCCCUCUAUCUAUAUUCCACGUCUAUCUCAGUAGUAGUACAGCUGAUCAUUCAAACCUUAUAUAAUUACCUUUCUCACAAACCUCUCAUACCACAUUAUCAGUUCUCACUGUUCACUCGUACUCCCUCCAUCAUCAUCUUCUUCGUCACCUUCUUAUAUCUUCAUCAGUCGAUCCCUCUUUAUCAACUACUGUAAACUCACCUCCCCAUUGAUGCCCUCUCCUCAUUCCCUUCAUCCCAAUACCUCCAUAUCCCUCUUUCAUUUUUUUCUCAUCUCCCUUCAAUUAAUUCUUUUUCCAUCUCCCAGCGGCUUCUUCAUCCUAAGCAUUAACAUUCUUUUUCAUGUUCAUCUGAUUGGGUGAUCUUAUUCACGCUUACAUACGACAGAGAGAGAGAGGGGGAGAGAUGAUGCAAAGGUGCAAUAGCGGUUCGGGGGGGAACAUGGUGGGUCCAUGCACAUGUGGUGUGUUCCACAGUCAAAGUAGCAGCUGCUGCAGCAACUCCUUCUCCAUGCUAUUCUCAGUGCCCAAUAAUCAAACCUAUCCUUUUGAUAUUAAUCAUGAAGCCGACCACAUGUACCCCUUCUCCUAUUCCCCUUCUUCCUCUUCCCACGUGGAUUGCACCCUCUCCCUCGGUACCCCUUCCACCCGUCUUACCACCACCACUGAUCACGAAAACAUCAAUGCAGCAGCAGCCGACAGGCGCGGCCACGAACGACGUCUUCCCGGCCGUACUUCCUCCUACAUCCCCAACUUCUGCUGGGAUAUUUUGCAGUCCAAGCACUCGUCACCCUCCUCCCCCGCCGCUGGCGCACACAGUCAGAAGAGCAGCAGCCGAGGCGGCAGCCAUACCGCCAACUCUUCGGCCAACGAUCCCCUUCUGGCCCGCCGCUGCGCCAACUGCGACACCACCUCUACCCCGCUUUGGAGGAACGGACCCAGAGGCCCAAAGUCGCUAUGUAAUGCAUGUGGGAUUCGAUUCAAGAAGGAAGAGAGGAGGGCGGCGGCCACGAGCAGCAACGGGAGUGGCAGUGCAGGCGCUGGCGGAGUUGCAUCGGGAAUGAUGGAGGCGCAGUAUCAUCCUAAUAAUGGCAACUCCUCGUCGUGGGCUCAGUACUACAACUCUCAGCAGGCCCACGAAAAGUCAGUCCCCAACAUGGGCCACGAGUUCAGGUUCAUUAACAACGACGACGACGACGACAGGGACUCACCUUACCUCUCAUGGCGUCUUAACGUUGCCGACAGGACCGCCCUCGUCCACGACUUCACCCGAUGAUGAUCCAUCAACGGACGGCCAAGAUCGCUCGUGCUAUGAUCAUGAUCUAAUUCUUUUUCUUUUAAUGCUUUCUUUAAUUAAUUUCCUGCAUUUUAAUUAGAUGGGUGGAGAGAAAAUCGAUAAUCCUAUGCCAUUCCACGGUGCUUUUCUUUAGCACUGAUCUUUUAUUUUUGUUUUUUCUUUUUAUUUAUCAGUUCAUAUUAUAGCGUUCAUCUCUUUUUUUUA